GGACAAAGUGGAAUAAUCUUUCACUGUUUUUCUCCUAAGGUUAUUGAGUAUUUGCACAAUAAAUUUGCAGAACGGAACAGUCCUAAUCGAAUUAACAUAACAUGUGUAAUCAAAGCGAAGCCAUGGGUUUCCACUGAUACAGAUGGACCACUAUAUUUAGCAGGAAAAAAUGCAAUCAAGAAAGUCUUUAACACUGAGGCUGACUUGAUCCGAGAAGGUGGAACAAUUCCAAUUGGUUCACAAUUUUAUGAAGUAACAGGAAAAAGCAUAAUGUUUUUAGGAAUAGGAGGACCAGAUGAUGCUCCCCAUAGCCAAAAUGAAAAACUUGACAGAUACAAUUUCAUCGAGGGAACAAAACUAUAUGCUACGUUUCUUCAAGAACUUGCUUCUUUCUAGAAUAACAGAAAGGAAUGAGGAGACAAGUGCCGCAUGCUCUAGGAUGGUCAACUGUUUAUCCAGUGUCAAAAAAGCCCAACGUGUUUUGGCUACAACGAGAAAGCCUUCUUCAGGGGCUGGAAACAAAUACAAAUGCACAUAUAUUACAAUUAUUAAAAAGACAAGGUAACACUCAAUGAACUACAACAUAAAAAUACUCAU